GGGACAGAGAGGGACUGGAGGAGACAGACGGGAGAGAAACGCAGGCACACACGAGGAGACGAAGAGAACCGGGGCUGGCCAGGUGACCGCAGCGGCCACAGGGACGGCGGCCCGGCAGCCUCUGAGCCGGCCACAGGGGAAGGCCCGGCUGGCCCCGACCUCUGCCUGCCGCCCUUGGGGACCGUCCAGCCCAGGCCGGCGAUGGCGGACUCGUGCCGGAACCUCACCUACGUGCGGGGCUCGGUGGGACCGGCCACCAGCACCCUGAUGUUCGUGGCGGGCGUGGCGGGCAACGGGCUGGCGCUGGGCAUCCUGGGCGCGCGGCGGCGGCGCUCCCGCCCGUCGGCCUUCGCCGUGCUGGUCACCGGGCUGGCGGCGACAGACCUGCUGGGCACGUGCUUCCUGAGCCCGGCCGUGUUCGUGGCCUACGCCCGCAACAGCUCGCUGCUGGGCCUGGCGCGGGGCGGGCCCGCGCUGUGCGGCGCCUUCGCCUUCGCCAUGACCUUCUUCGGCCUGGCCUCCACGCUCAUCCUCUGCGCCAUGGCGGUGGAGCGCUGCCUGGCGCUCAGCCACCCCUACCGGUACGCGCGGCUGGACGCGCCGCGCUGCGCCCGCCGGGCGCUGCCCGCCAUCUACGCCUUCUGCGCGCUCUUCUGCGCGCUGCCCCUGGCGGGCCUGGGCCAGCACCAGCAGUACUGCCCGGGCAGCUGGUGCUUCGUGCGCCUGCGCUCGGCCGAGCCCGGCGGCUGCGCCUUCUCGCUGGCCUACGCCAGCCUCGUGGCCCUGCUGGUGGCCGCCAUCUUCCUCUGCAACGGCUCCGUCACCCUCAGCCUGUGCCGCAUGUACCGCCAGCAGAGGCGCCACCAGGGCUCGCUGGUGCCCGGCCCCCGGACGGGCGAGGACGAGGUCGACUACCUGAUUCUGCUGGCCCUCAUGACGGGCAUCAUGGCCGUGUGCUCCCUGCCUCUCACGAUCCGCGGCUUCACCCAGGCCAUCAGCCCCGACAGCAGCGAGAUGGGGGACCUCCUGGCCUUCCGCUUCAAUGCCUUCAACCCCAUCCUGGACCCCUGGGUCUUCAUCCUCUUCCGCAAGGCCGUCUUCCAGCAGCUCAAGCUCUGGUUCUGCUGCCUGUGUCCUGGGCCCGCCCGAGGCGACGCGCACACUUCCCUCUCCCAGCCCACCUCGGGGAGGAGGGACCCAAGGGACCGCUCUGCCCACGAGGGGAAGGAGGGGAGCUGGGUGCCUUUGUCAGCCUGGGGCGAGGGGCAGGCGGCACCCUUGCCUCCUGCACAGCGGACCGGCAGCAGCACCGUGGGAACGCCGUCGAAAGCAGAGGCCACUGUCGCCUGCUCCCUCUGCUGACAUCCUAAGCUGACCCUGUGAUCUCCAGCCCUGUCUUCAGGGAACAGGAGCCAGAAAACCAGGGACACGGCUGAUGGGUGCAGAUGCCAGAACCUUGGCCCCGAACUGUGGGGGUCGUCAGCUGCUAUCGCUCCUCUGUGCGGGCUCGGGGAGGAGAGUGAGGGACAGAGGGAAGGAACAUUUAUCCUGGAGCACAGAAAGAAUAGUUCUCUCAAAAUAACCAGUGGCCUGGCCGGCCUGCUCUGGUCCUCGAGCCUCCAUCCAUCUCACUGUCUAAAUAUUUAGAAGGCGGAAAAGUUCCCAGCGGCUUCUGUGUACUCAGAUCUCCUCCGGUUGGGGUGUUGGCUCCUCUCCUCAUCCAUUAAGGGGGCCCAGCUGCCCACCCCAGAUUCCCAGGGGCAGCCACUCUAAGAGCCACCGACCCCUCUCUGCCCCACGAGAGCCAGCGAUUCUUGGAAGAGUUCCCCGCCUCCCCUCGCUGCCCAGCCCUGUCAGACUUGGGAGCCCCGGCACCCCAAGGGGAGGCAGAAGCUGCAGUGUCGUGUGUGACAAUGCAGGACAUGUGCCUGGUCCGAAAGGGGCCUGAGACACUGCGCCUAGCUUGGUGGGCCUGAGACAUGAACUGUGGGGUGCGGGUGGUGGGGAGAGAGAUGGAGAAGCUGGGGGAUGAAGGGGUGGGGUGUGCAGAGCCCAGGGACUGCCCCAGAAUGCAGACCCAAGUCCUAUACCUGUCCCCAGGCCUCCUUACAGAGCCUGACCUCACCUCAUGCGUCCUUGGAUCCCUCACAAAGAUUUCAUUCAUUCAUUCAUUCAUUCAUUCAUUCAACAAAUACUCAGCGGGGGCUGGUGAGCUGACUAGCAUAAUGGAAGUGAGUUGGCAUUUGGUGGGGGAGGGUGAAUGGGAAACCUCCAGCCCC